UCGCCACCUAACAUACAAUGUUACACACAUUACCCCUUCGUUAGUGAAAGAUAAAUCGUUGGCUUAAGAUGUGUUUUGAUGUGUGAUCAAAUUUGAAGGUUAUAAGUUCAAUCUAAAGAAAAGAGUAUGUCUGAAUCAUCUUUAGUCGAAGAUAGUACAUCUACUAAGUUGACAUCUACAUUAGAGAAUUAUCUAAAGAAAUUGGACGAAACUACGAUUCAUCAUGAGUAUAUGAUCGCUUUGUUUAUAGUUCUUUUAUCGGAGUCUGGUUUUUACGUAUUACCUAUGUCGGAAGCUUCUUUUAGCAAAAAUGAAAAGCUCAUAUAUACAUCACCAAAACAAUGGAAAACUAUGAAAGAUAUUUAUGAGAUCAAGCUUGUAUUGAAAUAUCUACCUCAUGUGAUAUGCAAAUUAGUUGCUAUAUCUUCUGGAGAUAGGUUGAUUGUUAAUUUCUUUUCGACCACAGGAGAAAAGAAUGUUUAUAGUAUUGCUAUACAAAGUUUAAAAUAUGUGAAUCCUUUUUCAAACAAUUUUGCUAGUCGUUAUAUGAACCUUAAGGAAAUAUCACACAGGUUCAAAGAUGCAUUGGUCAUGCGAGUACGAGCAGAUAUUUUAACGGAAGCUGGCCUUAUCAAUCCUAGCUUUCAGGGUUUACCUACAGAAUUGAAAUUAAAAAUUCUGGGAAUGUUAGAAGCUUCCACAUUAAUGCAAGUUUCACAGUGUUCUCGGCAUUUUAACGUAUUAUGUAAAGAACCACUCUUAUGGCAAGCAUUGUUGCGAAGAGACUUUGCAGAAAAGCAAGUAAAAUCGGAUAGAGGUUGGAUAAGUUGCUAUCGUAUGAGAUACAUAGAACACAAUAGAAAACGUCAUCAUAAUACUAGUUGCAGUAGUUACAGUAGUUGCAGUAAUUGCAAACCAGAAAUAGGCCGAUACCAUCCAUCUUGGAUACAUCCAAGAGUAGAUAUACCUUCAAACAUUGGAAAUUAUCACAUUCCAUUACUAUCAGAUUUUUUAAGAUUACAUGGUUCAUCUAGACAAUCUCAUUUAGAUUUUGGUAAUCUUUUUAGAUAUAGAUUUGGAUCUAGAUUUGGUCGUUAGUUGAAUUAUAUUUUAAAUGAAAUAUAUAUGUGCAUAUAUUUGUAUACACAUUUAUCUAUUUUUUAAAGGAAGAGUAUUAAAUAAUUAUCCAUUAUGUAUAUGGUGUAAUUGCUCUUGUAGAUAAUGCAUUUUUAAAUACUAUGUAUAAUGCAAACAUUGAAUAAUUUUUGAAUAAUACAAAUUAAAUAAAUUGUGAUUUAUCAUAUAAUGUAAACUGUAGGUUACAAGCAUUCUAUCGGUGAUAAUGAGUAAUUAAUAAAGAGAAGCAAAUAUAUUUUCCCAUACAUAAUGAACAUAUAUAUACAUAAAAAAAGAUAUAUACAUAUUUCAUUGGUGUGUCAUUCACCGAAUAUGUUUAUUGACAACCGUGUAGUAAUUAAUAAUCGAAAAAAUAAAACUAACAAGGAUCACAUGAA